GGCCUGAAGCAGGGUGGAGGCAGCACCCGGUAGCUGGGAUGUGUCACUUUAUACUCAGCACCACGGCAGGACCAGGGGCACCUGAAAGCAGGCUGUGAGGGAGGGUAGCAGAGUGUGAGCCAGGGUAGACCAAACACAGGAGAAACAAGGACGCGUCUCCAGCAGCAGCACUGUCUAACGAGGGACUUGGGAGACACUUUCCCCCCUUGAGGCAGGGCAAACACGUAGAGACUUGGGAUAACAUCCCUGCUUCUCUGUAACAGGAUCCCUUUGGAAAAGAGAAGGCACAAUGGAAAAGGAUGCUAUAAUGGACUACGAGUACCCAGACCUGGAUCCGCUGCCUUCUAUAAAUCAACCAGAAAAAAUCCCAUCAUGUGACCCGACUGCUGAUGACAUGCUUUAUCACAUCAGCAUCACUGCAAUAUCUCUGGUCAUCAUGCUGAUCCUCGCCAUCUUAGCCAGACGCACGAAGGCGGGCGAUAAACAGAAAGGGCUUCCAGGUUUACUCAGUCCGGUUAACUUCCUGGACCAGACGCAGCACAAAGGCCUAGCGGUGGCUGUGUUCGGGGUGCUGCUGUGCAAACUGUGGGGCCUGCUGGUAUCGCCGAAUCCCCUCCCCUUUACCACAGAUGCCAAGAACAAACAGAACUGGGUGAUUCUGGGAGUGUUCUACUACCCCGCUCUGUACUACCCUCUCCUGGCAUGUGGCACUUUACAUAAUAAAGUUGGCUACGUCCUGGGCAGCCUUUUAUCGUGGACACACUUUGGUGUUUUGGUGUGGCAGAAAAUAGACUGCCCCAAAACCCCACUGAUACACAAAUACUAUUCCCUGUUUUCCAGCCUGCCUCAGAUUGCUUGUUUGGCAUUCCUUAGCUUCCAGUAUCCCCUGCUUCUUUUCAAGGGCUUCAAGAGCUCUGAAACGGCCGACGCUACAGAGGAUCUCAACAGCAGCUACUAUGGAGACUAUGUGAAGAAAAUGCUCAGUGAGAAGAAAUCCAGAAACAUCAGCACAUCGAGUGCAGACAAACCGAAACUCAGUCAGAGAGUACGUGAUGCUGUGAAGUCGUACGUUUACACACCAGAAGAUGCUUUUCGUUUCCCUUUGAAGUUGGCGAUCUCAUGUGUUGUAUCGUUUAUAACCCUGUAUCAGAUGGGUCUAGUGUUGAUUUCAUUAGUGGUGCCAACCAUCCAGACCGCCCGGUACGGAGUCGAUGAGGAUAUAGCAAAUGUUUUAGCCGGUUUCCAGAUUAUUUUGUCUCCAGACAAACGGGAGGUUGUGAGGAUUGUGGUUUAUUACAUGUGGUGUGUGGAAGUGUGCUACAUCUCAGCGAUGACUCUGUCUAGUCUGGUUAACUUAGUUCUGCUCAUGCACUCCAUGGUCCUUCAUCGGUCAAAUCUGAAGGGGCUUUACCGAGGAGACAUUUUUAAUGUUUAUAACUGCCAGCGGAGCCUGAGAGCGUCCAGGCCGGCGCUGGUCUGCUGGAUGGGAUACACCAGUUUCACAGCAGCUCACAUCUGUAUCGGAAUGAUCAUCCAGACGUUCGUGUUCUUCCUCUGCCUUCUGAUCACUGUCUUCCUCGUAAUCAUCCCCAUCUUGCAGAGGCAGAAUCUGAUUGUCUUCCACAUCCUCUGGAGCAUGUGGCCCUUCUGGCUGAUGAUCCUCCUGGCUGUGUUGUUUCAGCACAUCACUGCCAGGUUUUGCUUCAUCAAGAAAACAGCUGGCACCCAUGACUUAAACAACAGAGGUAAUCUGUUCCUGCUGACUUACCUGCUGUUUCCUGUCAAUGUUCUGAUCGGGGUUCUGUUGGCUCUGUGGCGUCUGAUCAUCACAGCUCUGUUCAACAUUGUCCACAUGGGGCGUUUGGAUAUCAGUCUCCUUAAUCGUAAUGUGGAAGCUUUUGACCCAGCCUACCGCUGCUAUGCUCAUUAUCUGAAGAUUGAGGUGAGCCAGUCUCAUCCUGUGAUGAAAGCCUUCUGUGGGAUGCUGCUACAGUCUGCAGGCCAGGAAAGCAAAGCUGCACAGAGGUCACGGGACGCUGAAGAGGGGAUCCAGCUCGUCCAGCAGGAGAAGAAACAGAGCAAACUGUCAGGCGCCAAGCGUGCCCGCAGGCGCUGGCAGCUCCUCUACACGCUGGUCAACAACCCCUCCCUGGUAGGCACCAGGAAGCACUUCCAGGCAGCAGAGAGUUUCCUGAAUGGAAGCUUCAACCGCAAGAACAAGGACAGCAAAAAGGAGGCAGAAGCUGCUGCUGGUAACUGAGUCUGCAGAAACUGGUUUGGUUUGGGUUGCAUCCUGCAGAAGAUGUGUCUGCAUUUGAAAAAAAAAGUGCAUUAAAGCUAUGAGUUUUUCCUGUUUU